GUGAGGUCACAUAAUAUGGCGGCUCGGACCUAGCUGUGCUGAGGGGGGGUCCGGGUCUCGGGGAAUCUGCGUCCAUCCGCCCCACCCGGGGUGCGCUGUCGCUCCCCAACCCCUCCGGCGUCGAGAGACGGGGCUAAGGGCCGCGAUGGUCGCUGGCAUUCCCCUGCUCUGAGUCAGGGUCGUCACAACUGGGUUGGGUCCAAUCGAGCCGCCUCGAUGGAGUUGAGAGUCGGGAACCGGUACCGGCUUGGCCGAAAGAUCGGGAGCGGCUCCUUCGGGGACAUUUACCUCGGUACUGAUAUAGCUGCUGGAGAAGAGGUUGCCAUCAAGUUGGAAUGUGUAAAAACCAAACAUCCUCAACUCCAUAUAGAGAGCAAAAUUUACAAAAUGAUGCAGGGUGGAGUGGGCAUUCCCACAAUCAAAUGGUGUGGUGCUGAAGGUGAUUACAAUGUAAUGGUGAUGGAGUUGUUGGGACCAAGCCUUGAAGAUCUCUUUAACUUCUGUUCAAGGAAAUUCAGCCUCAAGACAGUCCUUUUACUUGCUGACCAAAUGAUAAGCCGAAUAGAAUAUAUUCACUCGAAGAACUUCAUUCACCGAGAUGUAAAGCCUGAUAACUUCCUGAUGGGAUUAGGCAAGAAGGGCAAUCUUGUCUACAUCAUUGAUUUUGGGCUGGCCAAGAAAUAUCGGGAUGCUCGAACUCACCAGCACAUUCCAUAUCGUGAAAAUAAAAACUUAACAGGAACUGCCCGUUAUGCCUCCAUCAACACUCAUCUUGGAAUUGAACAAUCUCGCAGAGAUGACUUGGAGUCCUUGGGCUAUGUACUCAUGUAUUUUAACCUGGGCUCCCUCCCCUGGCAGGGAUUGAAGGCAGCUACAAAAAGACAGAAAUAUGAACGCAUCAGUGAAAAGAAAAUGUCUACACCCAUUGAGGUUUUGUGUAAAGGAUACCCUUCUGAGUUUGCUACGUACCUGAAUUUCUGCCGCUCGUUGCGUUUUGAUGACAAACCGGAUUAUUCAUAUCUAAGGCAAUUAUUCAGAAACCUCUUCCAUAGACAAGGCUUCUCCUAUGACUAUGUAUUUGACUGGAACAUGCUCAAAUUUGGUGCAAGUCGUGCAGUUGAAGAUGCUGAGCGGGAACGGAGAGAGAGAGAGGAAAGAAUGAGACAUACCCGAAAUCCAGCUGUUCGUGGCUUACCUUCUACUGCCUCUGGCAGGCUGAGAGGGACACAGGAUGUAGCUCCACCAACCCCUCUUACCCCAACUUCACAUACUGCAAACACAUCUCCUCGGCCAGUGUCUGGAAUGGAGCGAGAACGGAAAGUGAGUAUGCGAUUGCAUCGUGGGGCCCCAGUCAAUAUCUCCUCGUCUGAUUUAACAGGCCGACAAGAUACCUCGCGCAUGUCAACCUCACAGCAGGUACACCAGGGGAUGGGGUGUAAGUGGAGCCUACGGGGAGCUGAGAAUUUGAAGUUGCUGCAAAGAAAGAAGUGCAGAAGGAAGAGCAAAUGAGACAAAAGGCAGAAGACAAUGAAGAAAGAAGAGUUGAUAAAGAGCAGAGAAGUGGAUUUUAAAAGGACGUUUUACUUCUCAAAUGUUUGAAUUUUAUUGUAUAGUAUUAAAUAAAAGUGCUAAACUUCUAGGUCUUACACACUGGCCAGAUUCUUGCUUUGGCCUCUGCUGGAAUUCUUCCAAUACAAAUAAUAGGUGACUGUGGAGUGGACCACAUGAAAUGAUUCUACACUUACUUUUUCACCAUGUAAGUGAUCAAAUGGGGAGUCCUUCAGGAUUAGUGCUCUGCUUCAUGUAGUUUGCUUCAGUCAGAGAGCCUUUAAGUAGUGUGGGUUUAGAGCCUUCCAUAUUGGUGGAUAGAAUGAAAGCCAGGUUGUAGACUGGAACUGCAGUCAGCAGUCUUUACCAGCUUGGAUGGGAUUGGGGUGCGUAGGUGGGUAAAGUUGGUCAGAGGCAAGGUUGGGUAAAGCAAUUUCAGGAAUCGAGCAGGGAGUAUCAGGCAAUUUAAAAAAUGAAUACACAAGGUAAUAUUUAUUACCCGCCUCUCUUUGGAUCGAGGCGGGGAACAACAUUAAGUACAACAAUACUAUAAAUCAAAUGCAUUGAACUGAUUAAAAGAGCAUAUAGAACUUAUACAAUAUUAAAAUAGCAAUCAGGACAUCUUGAUUGUCCGGUCUAGAAGUGCAAACACCUGAUAUAUCUCUGCGUAUUUUGCACAGCCUGGUGCAAAACCUUAAUCUGCACCAUUUCAGGCUAUAAUGACUAAAUGCUCCACUGUACCCAAACCAUUAGAGUUCCUUCACUAGAAAACUAAAUAUUGGGGGAAAGUGUUCUAGCAUAGCCUUCUCCCUAAACUUCCUAGUUUUAUAUAUGGAGGGUAUUUUUUUCCUUGUAUGAAUGAGAAUUUAGCCAGGUAAGCCUGUACCAGAUGUUUUAUGAGGUACAGAGUAGACACGAGUUUACUGACUCAGUGAGAAAUAGGCAUUGGAGGCUCUGUCUUUAAAGUGUUAUAGUCCAAGAAGUGAACAAUUCUGGUCAGUCGAAAGACUAAUCUUAACACUUACUUGGGUUCGAUUCCAACAAAGUAUCACCAAUCCAUUAUCUCAAGCUAGGUUCCCCAGAAGAUGGUGGACUACAAUUCCCAUCAUCCCCCACUGGCAUGGCCAGUAGUGAUGGGACUACAUCUUGGGAGAAGCUGGUGAUUGAUGUUCAGAAAUAUUGUGUGUGAUGGGACAGCAGGGACAUUCUCAGUACACCUAUAACAGUAUUUCAUACGUGCAUGCACCUGAUCUUCCCUUCAAUGGAUGGAAUGGUCACAACCUAAGUGCACAGUUGUGUUUGUGUACACACCAUAGCAUAGCACAUCACACGUUGUGUGUGUUAAGAACAAGGUACAUGUCCUGAUAUCCAUUGCUCUUGUGGAGGACUGGCAAUUCUGAUCCAUAACCUCAGUAUUGCGCUUUCUUAAAUGCCUCAACUAACUUUAUAGGCUCACUCAGUACUUGUAGUGCUACUAUAUGAAAUUCUUCACUUAGCAGUUCCCUGUAUCUUGCAUUGUUUUGUACAAGUUGACCCAUAUUUAAAUGAUGCAGUAUUUGAUUUCCUGACUUUACUAUAAUUUUACUUCAUGACAAUUAAAAACACACACAAUUUCUCCAAUUAGAGAUGUUCUGUUCUCUUUCUUAGGAAUUAUAUUUUUCGGUUACCCAGAGAAAGGUGCAGUAGCUUCUGUUGGUAGGAGUAGUUUAAAAAAAAUGAUGCUGCACUUAAUAAUUAUAAUGAUUAUCAAGCGCAGCAUCAAUUUUCUAUAUAUUUUAUCUGAUUAAAAAAAACUUAUUGAGAAUGUUGGUUUCUGGGCUCAGUUAGCUUCUGCAUAGUGGGAAAGUGUUGGUCUGUCUUUCCUCUAGCAAAAAAGUCUUGAACUUUCAUUUCUAGAUGCCUAAACUAUGCAAAAUCAAAAAUCUAUACAACUUUGCUGAACUUAGCAUUUCCUGCUGCAUGCUGGGGGCGUUAAGACAUAAACACUGCACAUUUUGUUCCAGUGGGGCAGUGAUUAGUACUCUUAAGAGAAGAGGAUGUUUUUUGCUUAGUUAAGUUCCACCUGCUGCUAAGAAGGGGUGUUGAGGUUUGUAUAUGUGUGACCAUGCAUUGUCUGCUGCAGUGUGCCUAAAAGAAAGAAGGCAUUGAGAAUGAAUGUGUGGCAGGGGUGGAUAAUUAUCCUUACUCAGCCAGACUGGAUGAAGAAACAUAGUAUUUAUUAGCAUUAAAAUUUAUAUCCUUCAUCAAAACCUAUUUCAUUGGGAGAGUAUGAGAUUCUUUUGAAUAACCAGCAAUACACAGAAAGAUGUGUUGAAUCUUUUGGAUUUACCAAUGAUAAGGAAUGCCAACAGGCACACAACUGCGUGUCAAUUUUAACAAUUAAAUCAGACAACAAUAGUAUCAAGAGUCAAAAUAAUGACUAUUUUUUGUAGUUGUAUCAAUUUUAAACAGUUCAAUCAAGCAAAGAUUGUACCAAGAGUCAGAAUAAUGACUUCUAAACCAUUAUAUGGAUGACAAAAACGUAAGGCAAAUGGUGCUUUUUUGAUAUCUUAAUAAAGUUAUAACAACAGACUGAAUUAUUUAUAUUAACAGGAAUCCGGUUAUGUGUCCCGUUUCGUCUUAUUUCAAACUUCCUCAGAUGUAUAGUCUUUAAAGUCUGUAAAUAAUUAAAAAUUACUUGAGUAAAUAAGCUUACUGGGUGACAAAAUUAACUUUCAGAAAAAACGUUCAGAUUCCAUAUGUGGAUUACACAGAGAUAAAGCGCUCACCGCCACAUACGAUCAAAAGCCAGGGGGUGUAGACAGAAAAUAGUAAUUCCAAAAUUACUUCCAGUUUACAGGCAGAGCCCUUUGAGGGAAUUUUUUUCUGCAUGAUAAAAAGAAUUCUUUAGCUGUCUAGUAAAUUUAUAGAGACCAGCUACAGAGGAGAGUUUAAAACAUCACACCUUUUGCCCCGGCUGAGAAUGCAUUAGCUUCAAAACAGCAAAAAAACCAACAACAACACCAGUCCAUCAGGUGAUCUCGCUCAGGCUUGUUCAUUAGUAUUAUAUAUAUGAGGCUUAAAGGUACAGCAAUAUAGCCAUUCCUCAUGCUGAUUGGCAAGCAAAUAUGGCCUUAUUAAUGCAGAUAGAUACACAAUCAAGCAAAUAUGGCCUUAUUAAUGCAGAUUGAUACACAAGAAAUUUCCAAGGAAGGAUGAUAAUUCUAAGCUGACAUUUAAACUAUGUGGAUGUACUGAAUUAAGUUUAAAAAUCCAGCUUUUUUUCUUAAAAGAAUGUUGUCAUGGUUAUUCCAAUUAUACUUGUGGGGAUAUAUUCUUUCUAUAACAAGGAACCAGAAAUUACCACGUCUAUGAGCCUUUUCAAUGAACUGUUGAACCAGUGGGGCAUCUGCUAUUCGAUGUUUUAAUUUGGAGCGGUGUUCCAAAGUGCGUGUUCUGCCAAUGUAAAGAAGUCCACAAGGACAGAUAAUUAUGUAGAUAACUCAUUUGGUUGCGCAGUUUGAAAAGUGAUGCAAGCCCAGAGAGUUUCGGCUAUUGGGCGGUAUAAAAAUGUAAGAAAGAAAGA